UAAGUAAAAAGAUUCUGAUUUGUUAUUUAAAUUGAAGAAAAAUAAACAAUGCGACUACAAAUAACCAUAUGUUUAUUGUUACUUGGAUGUUUAGUAUUUGUUACUUGCAAUCCAAUUGAUAAGAAUGAAAUACCAUUAACAGAAAAAGAAUGGUGGCAAACUGCAGUGUUUUAUCAAAUAUAUCCAAGAUCAUUUAAAGACAGUGAUGGUGAUGGAAGUGGAGACUUAAAAGGUAUACAAAGUCAGCUUUCUCAUAUAAAAGAUCUUGGUGUAACAGCAGCAUGGCUAUCACCAAUAUACACAUCACCGCAAGUCGAUGGUGGGUAUGACAUAGCCAAUUUUACGGAUGUCGAUCCAUUAUAUGGGACUUUAGAAGACUUUGAUAAUUUGAUAGCGGAAGCAAAAAAAUUGGGUUUAAAAAUCGUUUUAGAUUUUGUACCAAACCAUUCUAGUGAUAAACAUGAAUGGUUCAAGAAGUCUGUGAAACGUAUUGACCCUUAUACAAAUUAUUAUGUAUGGGCUGAUGCAAAAAUUGUUAAUGGAACCAGACAGCCUCCAAAUAAUUGGAAUAGUUAUUUCAAAUUUUCUGCAUGGGAAUGGAAUGAAGAACGUGGACAAUAUUAUCUGCAUCUAUUUGCAAUUCAACAACCAGAUCUUAAUUAUCGUGAUCCAAAUUUGGUUAAGGAAAUGAAAGAUGUUUUACGAUUUUGGAUGAACCGAGGUGUUGCUGGAUUCCGAGUUGAUAUUAUUUCAGCUUUGGGUGAGGAUGAAGCAUUACCUGAUGAACCGUUGAGUGGAAAUUGUUCUCCUGACGACUAUUGUUAUUUAAACCAUAUUUAUACAGAAGAUCAACCAUUAAAUUAUGAUAUGGUUGUACAAUGGCGAGAUGUGUUGAAAGAACAUGCAGCUGCAACAGAUAAAGUUCCAAGAGUGAUAAUGACGGAGUCUUAUAGUGAAAUUGAUAAAACUAUUAAAUAUUUUGGAAAUGAGACUCAUGAUGGCGCUUGUUUCCCAUUUAAUUUUUAUAUAAUAAUGGGCAUAUCACAGUCAUCAAACGCACAAGACCUUAAAAAUGUGGUUGACAACUAUUUUAACAAAGUUCCAAAAGGACGAACACCUAAUUGGGUCUUGGGAAAUCAUGAUCAACAUCGUGUAGCUGAUCGUGUUGGGGUAAAACGAAUUGAUGGUUUAAAUAUGUUGACAAUGACAUUACCAGGAGUAGCCGUUACAUAUAAUGGUGAAGAAUUUGGACAAGAAGAUGGAUUUGUAACCUGGGAAGAAACUCAAGAUCCACAAGCAAUUAAUGCUGGUGAAGAAAAUUACUUAGGAGCUACUCGUGAUCCAGAACGUACACCAUUACAAUGGGAUGAUAGUAAGAAUGCUGGAUUCAGUACUGCAGAAAAAACAUGGUUACCAGUCAGUCAAAAAUAUAAGGAAACUAAUUUAAAAAAACAAAAAGCUGAAAAAGAGUCUCAUUAUAAAGUGUACAAAGAUUUGGUGAAAUUAAGACAAGCUGAUGCGUUGAUUAAUGGUGAUUUUUCUUCACACGUAGAAGGUUCAAAUGUGUUACUAAUUUUACGAAAGUUAAAUAAUUCAAAAUUAUUUUUGACUGCGAUUAAUUUUGGUGAUAUACAUGAAGAAGUCGAUUUAUCUAAAAUCGAUAAAAUACUUGCAGAAAAUUUGAAAAUUGAAGUUUCUAGUGUUGGUGCAGCGCAAACACAAGGGUCUAUUGUUUCCAACGGAAAAUUGCAUCUACAUCCUUAUGAAAGCUAUGUUCUCUCAAAAAAUUAACAUAAAAAGAUAAAAUAGAUAAA